AUGUCUUCCUCUACUUCAUUACCCCGCCGAACACAUCGCAAGCGUGUAUCCGCACUCAGGCUAUCUUCCGAUACAACUUUCUCACUACCGGAGUACGACCCCACCGCAUAUCACAACCCGCACCAUCGUCAAGAAUCGAGAGUAGGAGGGGCAGGAGCGAGAGAGGAGCCUAUUCCACUGGACAACCCGCCAGAUUACCCGGACAGUGCGGAAGAAGCAGACGAGGACACAGAUCCAGAGAACGACUCCAACGUCGUUUACGUGCCACAACUCCCACCUGCUGCAACCCUUUCGCCUCGGGCGCAAACAGCAUCUCCACGACACACUAAACGAUUUCUGCCAACCCACAAACGCCGCGUGUCGUCGCAAGUUCCUUCAAGAUCCUCUGACCCAUUCCUCGAUUCCCUGCUAGAGCGAAGUGUAUACGCCCUGGAGAUGUCCAACACCCUUCUUCAGUCGUCCAUGUCCACUCAGACAAGCCUUUCAGCGAUUUUGAGGUCGGAUUCGCCUGGAGAUAGCACGCUGGAGGCGCGUGCUAUCGGUUUGUCGUCACGGAUAAAGGAUACGUGGGAUGCAGGACCGUCAUGGGCCGCUAACCUCGAGGAGAUCAGCAAGGGAGUCGAAGGACUUUUCGGCGAGGAUGAGGCAGAGCGUAGUGAUUCUGCCGUGGUUGUCGGUGUCGGAAGACUUGGUUCAGGCGUCUCGAACCACAAGGCUGAAGGCAGCUUGAGUUGCAGCCUUCCCACUUCAAGCGUAGAGUCAACAAUGCGCAGGAAUCGGAGAAGACCCUCUCUGGAUUUGCGCCAGUCCUCGGAUUCGACUGGAUCACGAUUACAGUUGGGACGGCAGAGCCGCGCUAACAUUGUCUCGCCGCCGCCACGCGCGCUAACGCAGUACGUUGCAUCGACCCACGAUGCAGACUCGAUCAUCCUGCCCUCAACCAUUGGCCUGCGUUCGCCGUCUUCGGUCCACCAUACUCCCGAAUGGAAACCUCUAUCCGACCUCGCUUCACCCUCGACCACAAGCUUACUCUCUACUGCAUCAUUCUCUACCCCCUCUCUCCCCCCAAAGCUCACGGAUAAGCCGUUGGAGCCUUCAACACCAGCAUAUAACAUGCUUUCUUCAUUCGUAUACAAACCUUCGUCGUCAGGUUCUGCCACUCCUUCAACAUCGUUCACCAGUUCUUUUAUCCACAGCAGAUUCCGAGACUCCAGGAGUACCAGCACUAGCACAGAGCGGAGUAAUGGCAAUCCGUCCAAGCGGCGCUCCUCUCCGUCUCCCAAACCACCUGAUUCUAGAACAAGUCGCCAGAGUCGUUCGUCGAAUUCGGGUUCGCAACAUACGACAUCCAAUCGUGGUGUCUCGCCUUUGGCGCUGAUCAUUCACCGCCCGAUGACGCCUCCAAUGGAGGAGUCUUCACAUUCUUCAUCUUCAGAUGGUUGCGUCGCGAAACUUACCGUGCAGAGUCUGCGAAAGAUUCUCGACGAUCAACCUGCGGCGCAGGACUUGAAUGCGUCUAGUUCGAGAUCUUCCUCCUGUGGGCGAGGAAGGAUGAAGCCUCCGGCAUUCAUGCCUCGCACGCCUGCACCUGUGCCGCAAGCGAGCACGUCCACUGCUACCGCAUCUAUCUCGAGGCUGUUCACCAAAGGCACUCACUCGUCGUCGACGCGCGCUCCGUCGCCACCGCGCCUGUCUGCGAUGAAGCACUCGAGAAACUCGUCCCUUAACACAACACCCUUACCAUCACCUCUAUCUCCGCCCUCUCCUCCUGAGCCUCCUCCCGGCUCCGUGUCGGCUUUAGACCCACCGCCAACUCCAAAUUCGUUGGACACUUCGACUUCAGCAAAUGGAACGAACCCCCCAACACUGACAACAGCUCUCAUACCUGACAUAGUCUCCAAAGUCCUGCUCAACGGACGAAACAGCACUUCGGCGUCAAGUUCGGGUAGGUCAACUCCCAACAAGCGCAUAAGCUUCGCGGAGUUGCCCGAAUCCUACGCGAGCACACGGCCUGUUGGACCAGAAUACUCCACGUUCAAUGAGCGGCGCGACAGCGGGCGUAAGAAACGGCGGAAAGGCUCCAAAGGAUUCUUGUCGUCGCCUGACCUCGGAAGUAGGAAGGACGGGCUGUUGGGAAGUGGAGGAGACGGAAGCUGGUGGGGCGGGUGGUUGACUCCCAGCGGGCUAAGCAUGAGCCUCGCAAAGCAGGAAGAGCGAAUGGAGGAUCGGAUGACGAGGAGUUGGGGUGGGCGGAUGGGUGCUGGGUUUGGUGGUGGCUUAGAUGAGUGGGCUGUUUGA